GGGAGGAGAGUGCGCGGUGGCAGCGCGUGAACAGAGCAGGAGGCACACACCUGUGGGGAAGCGGCACGUGAGCCGGGAGUUUGGAUAAUUAAACACAACACGAGGGUUGUUCAGCAGCUGGCAGUUAAAGGUGAAGUGUCUUGUCGGAAAAUGGAAUUCGAUAACAUAAAGUCCUCAGCCGCACUCAUUUAUGACGAGUUCAUCCAAAAUGCAGACAGACGGACGGCGAGCUGGUUCCUUAUGUCGUCUCCCCUCCCCCAAACCCUCGUCAUCGUGGCGUACAUUUACUUUGUCCAAUCGCUGGGGCCUCGGGUCAUGGAGAACCGCAAGGCCUUUGACCUCAAAGGAGUCCUCAUAGUCUACAACUUCAGCGUGGUGGCGCUCUCGCUCUACAUGUGCUAUGAGUUUGUGAUGUCAGGAUGGGGAACCGGAUACUCUUUCCGCUGUGACCCGGUCGACUACUCUGAUUCAGCACAGGGUUUGAGGAUGGCGGCAACAUGUUGGCUUUACUACUUCUCAAAGUUCAUCGAGAUGUUGGAUACGAUCUUCUUUGUGCUAAGGAAAAAGAAUAGCCAGGUGACAUUUCUUCAUGUCUACCAUCACUCAAUCAUGCCCUUCACCUGGUGGUUUGGGGUUCGUUUCUCUGCAGGCGGCAUGGGGACGUUUCACGCCCUGCUCAACUGUAUCGUCCACGUUAUCAUGUACUCGUACUACGGCCUGACUGCUCUGGGCCUCAAAUAUCAGAAGUACCUUUGGUGGAAGAAGUACCUGACUACCAUUCAGCUGAUCCAGUUUGUUGUUGUGACCAGCCACAUCUCCCAGUAUUUCUUCCUGAAGGACUGCACCUACCAGUUCCCAAUCUUUGUCUGCAUCAUCGGUGCAUACGGCCUGAUUUUCUUGUUCCUCUUCCUCAACUUCUGGUACCACGCCUACACCAAGGGCAAGAGGCUGCCUAAAGUACUGCAGAAUCAGAAAUGGGAACACCACAGCAACGGACUUAUGAAUGGAAAUGCCAGUCAUGAGAAAGAAGAGUGAUGCAGGUCUCUGCUCGUUGGGGAUGGGGGGGUUUGACCUCUUUCAUGUAAGCUAAAUCUAUCUGAGAUUCAACUCUUAGUUGGGACUGUAUUUUCUGACUGGUUUUCUACUUGCAACUGCAAAAGACAAUCUUUGCGUUUUGACCAAAGCUAUAUUCAAGAGGUUUAGCGAUGAAGUUGAAGGGUUUUAUUGGGUUUACAAUGAAGUUAAAGCCCAAGUUCUGCUAUGGAGGUACCCAAAUAUCCCUCCUUUCAACUACAGUAUGGUUUUAAAAUAUUUCAAAAAGUCAACUCUAUUAUUCACACUGACUAUAUAUAGGGCUUCACCUAUGGUAAGACUGUGGGACCCUCGGCUAUACAGUCAAACUGGGCUUCCUCAAAAAAAGGUUCUAUUGCUGAGAUCAUUAUAACUUCUGUGAGUUGAUCUUACUUCUAAGAACCUUUUUUAGGAAAUCCAGUUAGGGGGUUUUAAAAGUUGUGCACUGAAAAGAGUUUAUUUCACCUGGCCCACAAAAAAAAAUUAUAUUGGCAAUUCUGUCGAGAUUUUUUUUUUUUUUUUUUUUUACUGGUGUUCAGGCUACACUAGUCCUGUUCAGGCAGUUGUUAAAUGGUUACAUGCAUGCAGAACAUGGUGUUUUUUUAAUUUUAUUUGUUUUAACAUUUUCUUAGUUUAUAUGACACUUUUCUAUGGUUGAGUCACAACUGCAGCUGAUGGUACAGACAUUCAGUGAAAAGAGCCAUCUUUAAACGGUGGAAUCAACUUCUUCUCCUAUGACGCUAUGAUGUGACAGAGAUGCAAGAGGAAGGUUGACAGACCUUUGGGUUCUUGUAGGACCCAGAGCGGGAGCUAGUUUUACUACGUCCUUGUUGCAAAAUAACACCAUUACAGGAAUGCAAUAUGCACAAUUGCAUGGAUUCACUAUUAAGCAACCCAGACAAAACGUGAGCCUUACUUGCCUGUGUUUAUUUUUAUUUAAAAAAAAGUAUUUUGCUUCAUGUGUGGAUAAUAAGGUCUUCAGGUGGCUGGAGUCGAAUAGUUCCUUUGGACUGGGGUCUGGAGUUUUUUUUAUAUCAGUUAUGAUGACCUUUAAACUGAUAAGUGACUAACUACUUUUUUUUGGUGACUUUAGCGUACAGGUUCGAGCUUGAUGUGAAAAGAGUUCCACUUUUUUUUUUUUUCUUCCAGGUCCAAAUCCAAAGUUGACACUAAAGAUGAAAAGUUAUACAUUGCACAGGGAUAAUUUGUUGUCAUAUCCCUUGUUAUACCUUAUACCUUGUAAUAGUAGUUAGGCUACUGUAAGAUAUUAUGUGAAGUGAGAUGUUGUUUAUAUUGUAUUUAUAUGAAAAUAAAUGAUCAAUGUACUUGUAA